UUAGUGAUAAACAGAAGAGAAGUGGAUUUGUUUUUACUGCGUUUAUUUGUUUUGAACAAUGAAAUCGUGAACAUUGUUAAAGAUCUACGUUGUUGCAGCUUUAAGUAGUGACUGUAUAACGCGUUUUGGUGUCUUUAAUGUGUGACUGAGUGAGAAUUGUGAUGUUAAAGCUCACCAUCAGUGUGUGUGUGUGUGUGUUUGCUGUAGUAGAGACUCAGGGCUGCUGUGAUGGUUCAGGAGUGUGUGAGAAUAAUAUAGAGUUAUUUACGAACAGAAGGGUUUGUGAGAUCUGUAUUAAAAACUGGGAUGAUGAUGAUGAGGAGGAGGAGGAGGAAGAUGAGGAUGAGGGUUUUAAUCCUCCUCCUAGACAUGAACUGAAACUUUCAGCUCAAAAACUGUUAGCCUCUCUCCCUCUUGAUGAAGAGAAGGAUAACGCUGUUCGGACGGUGACGAGGUGUGUGUUUUCUCCAUCACAGCCCACACCACUGAGAGGGGAGGUUCAGCUCGCUGCUGUAUCACAGGAUGUGCUGAAGAACACCUUGGACCUGGACGAGUCUGUGACCCGAAGAGAAGAUUUUGUGCAGCGUGUCAGUGGGGUGAAACUGUUUCCUGGUUCCGUGCCUCUCGCUCACAGAUACGGAGGCCAUCAGUUUGGUUACUGGGCGGGGCAGCUGGGAGACGGGCGAGCACAUUUACUAGGCGAAUACACAAACAGAAAGGGUGAGAGAUGGGAGCUUCAGCUCAAAGGCUCGGGGAAAACUCCAUACUCAAGGUCUGGAGAUGGGCGUGCAGUGCUGAGAUCGUCUGUUCGGGAGUUCCUGUGCAGUGAGGCCAUGCACUUCCUCUCUGUCCCCACCAGCAGAGCUCUCAGCCUGGUGGUGAGCGACGAGGCCGUGUGGAGAGAUCAGUUUUAUAACGGCACUGUGAGGACAGAGAGAGGAGCUGUUGUCCUUCGUCUGGCGCCAUCAUGGUUCCGAAUUGGCUCUUUGGAGAUUUUAUCCAGAAGUGGAGAGCUGGAUAUUUUGAGGAUGUUGUUAAAUUUUGUAAUAAAAGAGCAUUUUCCAGCCAUCGAACCCACAGAUCCGAACAAAUACGUGGAGUUUUUCUCCAUGGUGGUGAAUGAAACCGCACACAUGAUCGCGAAGUGGAUGUCUGUUGGCUUCGCUCACGGUGUGUGUAACACAGACAACUUCAGCCUUUUGUCCAUCACUCUAGAUUACGGUCCAUUUGGGUUUAUGGAGUCGUAUAACCCGAAUUUUGUGCCGAACUCAUCUGACGAUGAGGGCAGGUACAGUAUUGGAGAACAGGCUAACGUCGGCCUGUUUAAUCUCCAGAAGCUUCUUGAGGCUCUUCAUCCAGUGCUGUCUUCACACCAGAUAACACAAGCUGAGCGAAUACUAAGAGGAUAUCCAGAUAUCUACCACAGAAGGUUUCAUGAGCUUUUCAAAGCAAAGUUGGGCCUCCUCGGUGAUGACGAGGGUGAUGCGUAUCUCAUCGCCUUUCUGCUAAAGCUCAUGGAGGACACACGUGCAGACUUUACCAUGACUUUCAGACAGCUGAGUGACGUGAGUCUGCUCGAGCUCCAGAAGAACUCCAUCACUCAGACCAUGUGGGCUCUCUGGAAUCUUUCGUCUCAUGAGUAUUUCUCAGACUGGAUUAAACUUUACUUACAGAGAAUUAACAGUCAGGUGAGUGAUUCAGCAGAGAAUCGGUGUCGCAGGAUGAGAGACAUUAAUCCUCACUACGUGUUGAGGAACUGGAUGGCCGAGUCGGCUAUUAGGAAAGCAGAGAAUAACGACUUCUCUGAGGUGGCGCUGCUGCUUCACACUCUGACUGAACCCUUUGUGAAGAAUGAGAGAGCAGAGAGAGCAGGUUAUUCCAGCAGACCUCCAGCUUGGGCUUCAGAGCUGAGGGUCAGCUGCUCUUCCUGAGCUUCUCAUCUAUACACCUACCUCUAAAGAGUUGGUGUUUUUUUAAAUAUAAUUUUUAGAUGGAAGCAAAAAAGUGACAAAGAUUGAAUUUUAAUUAAAUUUAAACACUGACACUGAGUAUACUGUAAAUGUUAAUGAAAACAUUGUUUCAAGUGAAAAUGAAUCAGUGAACAGUAAAUUAUAAACGUGAAUCUCUGACGAGCGACUCUUUAAAGUGAAUCUCCGAGCGAUUCUUAAAGGCGGCUCUCUGACGGGCGGCUCUCUGACGGGCAGCUCUUAAAGGCGGCUCUCUGACGGGCAGCUCUUAAAGGCGACUCUCUGACGGGCAGCUCUUAAAGGCGGCUCUCUGACGGGCAGCUCUUAAAGGCGGCUCUCUGACGGGCGGCUCUGUGACGGGCAGCUCUCAAAGGCGGCUCUCUGACGGGCAGCUCUUAAAGGCGGCUCUCUGACGGGCAGCUCUUAAAGGCGGCUCUCUGACGGGCAGCUCUUAAAGGCGGCUCUCUGACGGGCAGCUCUUAAAGGCGGCUCUCUGACGGGCGACUCUUAAAGGCAGCUCUCUGACGGGCGGCUCUCUGACGGGCAGCUCUUAAAGGCGGCUCUCUGACGGGUGACUCUUAAAGGUGGCUCUUUGACGGGCGGUUCUUAAAGGCGGCUCUCUGACGAGCGGCUCUCUGACGGGCGACUCUUAAAGGCGGCUCUCUGACGAGCGGCUCUCUGACGGGCGACUCUUAAAGGUGGCUCUCUGACGGGUAGCUCUUAAAGGCGGCUCUCUGACGGGCAACUCUCUGAUGGGCGACUCUUAAAGGCAGCUCUCUGACGAGCGGCUCUCUGACGGGCGACUCUUAAAGGCGGCUCUCUGACGAGCGGCUCUCUGACGGGCAACUCUUAAAGGCGGCUCUCUGACGGGCGACUCUUAAAGGUGGAUCUCUGACGGGCAACUCUCUGAUGGGCGACUCUUAAAGGUGGCUCUCUGACAAGCGGCUCUCUGACGGGCGGUUCUUAAAGGCGGCUCUCUGACGAGCGACUCUUAAAGGCGGCUCUCUGACGAGCGGCUCUCUGACGGGCGACUCUUAAAGGCGGCUCUCUGACGGGCAGCUCUUAAAGGCGGCUCUCUGACGGGUGACUCUUAAAGGUGGCUCUCUGACGGGCGACUCUUAAAGGCGGCUCUCUGACGGGCAGCUCUUAAAGGCGGCUCUCUGACGGGUGACUCUUAAAGGUGGCUCUCUGACGGGCGACUCUUAAAGGCGGCUCUCUGACGAGCGGCUCUCUGACAGGCGACUCUUAAAGGCGGCUCUCUGACGAGCGGCUCUCUGACGGGCAACUCUUAAAGGCGGCUCUCUGACGGGCGACUCUUAAAGGUGGAUCUCUGACGAGCGGCUCUCUGACGGGCGACUCUUAAAGGCGGCUCUCUGACGAGCGGCUCUCUGACGGGCGACUCUUAAAGGUGGCUCUCUGACGGGUAGCUCUUAAAGGCGGCUCUCUGACGGGCAACUCUCUGAUGGGCGACUCUUAAAGGCAGCUCUCUGACGAGCGGCUCUCUGACGGGCGACUCUUAAAGGCGGCUCUCUGACGAGCGGCUCUCUGACGGGCAACUCUUAAAGGCGGCUCUCUGACGGGCGACUCUUAAAGGUGGAUCUCUGACGGGCAACUCUCUGAUGGGCGACUCUUAAAGGUGGCUCUCUGACAAGCGGCUCUCUGACGGGCGGUUCUUAAAGGCGGCUCUCUGACGAGCGGCUCUCUGACGAGCGACUCUUAAAGGCGGCUCUCUGACGAGCGGCUCUCUGACGGGCGACUCUUAAAGGCGGCUCUCUGACGGGCAGCUCUUAAAGGCGGCUCUCUGACGGGUGACUCUUAAAGGUGGCUCUCUGACGGGCGACUCUUAAAGGCGGCUCUCUGACGGGCAGCUCUUAAAGGUGGCUCUCUGACGGGCGACUCUCUGACGGGCGACUCUUAAAGGCGGCUCUCUGACGAGCGGCUCUCUGACGGGCGACUCUCUGACGGGCGACUCUCUGACGGGCAACUCUUAAAGGCGGCUCUCUGACGAGCGGCUCUCUGACGAGCGACUCUUAAAGGCGGCUCUCUGACGAGCGGCUCUCUGACGGGCGACUCUUAAAGGUGGCUCUCUGACGGGCGACUCUUAAAGGCGGCUCUCUGACGGGCAGCUCUUAAAGGCGGCUCUCUGACGGGUGACUCUUAAAGGUGGCUCUCUGACGGGCGACUCUCUGACGGGCGACUCUUAAAGGCGGCUCUCUGACGAGCGGCUCUCUGACGGGCGACUCUCUGACGGGCAACUCUUAAAGGCGGCUCUCUGACGAGCGGCUCUCUGACGAGCGACUCUUAAAGGCGGCUCUCUGACGAGCGGCUCUCUGACGGGCGACUCUUAAAGGCGGCUCUCUGACGGGCAGCUCUUAAAGGCGGCUCUCUGACGGGUGACUCUUAAAGGUGGCUCUCUGACGGGCGACUCUUAAAGGCGGCUCUCUGACGGGCAGCUCUUAAAGGCGGCUCUCUGACGGGUGACUCUUAAAGGUGGCUCUCUGACGGGCGACUCUCUGACGGGCGACUCUUAAAGGCAGCUCUCUGACGGGCGACUCUUAAAGGCGGCUCUCUGACGGGCGACUCUCUGACGGGCGACUCUUAAAGGCGGCUCUCUGACGGGCGACUCUUAAAGGUGGCUCUCUGACGAGCGGCUCUCUGACGGGCAACUCUUAAAGGCGGCUCUAUGACGGGCGACUCUUAAAGGCGGCUCUCUGACGAGCGGCUCUCUGAUGGGCAACUCUUAAAGGCGGCUCUCUGACGGGCGACUCUUAAAGGCGGCUCUCUGACGAGCAACUCUUAAAGGCGGCUCUCUGACGGGCGGCUCUCUGACGGGCGACUCCUAAAGGCGGCAAUCUUCAUAAAGUCUUUAUUCACAAAUACUUAUAUUUUAAAUCUAUUUGAAUACUAAUUAACACUUUUGAGUGACCAGUGACUUUAAAAAAUGUUAUUUGACCGAUAAAAGCCAACGUUCUGCUGAUUUGCUUGUCUUUAGCGCUAAAGAGUUAUUAUUGCACCUAGUGUUCAGAAAUAGGAAUUAAUAACAACAGUCUCUAAGUCCAGGCCUGUUGGGGCAGGAGUCACGCUGCCUCAUGCUCAGGGAUGGUGCAGAAGCCAGGGCUGUUCAUGACAGGGUUGCCAGGUUGUGCUAGGUUAAAUAUCGUGGGUAAUUCAGCUACCAGGAGCUUGUUUUAUAGCAUAUAAUCAGAAUGAAAUCUAAUACAUUUCCACAAACAAAGGCAGAGUUAAAGUGCAGACUGGGUGUCUAUAAUGGACGAUGGACAGAACCAUUUUAUUGUUAAUGUGUUGCCGAGAUUAGAAGAGCAAUGGACAGGGAGUGGGUAAUAUCCGUAAUAUCAGAAAUACACAUGAAAGGCUGAAAAUAAAAAGAAAAAUGUGUCACUUUUCACAAUUUCGAAUAUGUUUUGAAAAGUUCUGGUCUGGCGGCACGGUGGUGUAGUGGUUAGCGCUGUCGCCUCACAGCAAGAAGGUCCUGGGUUCGAGCCCCGGGGCCGGCGAGGGCCUUUCUGUGUGGAGUUUGCAUGUUCUCCCCGUGUCCGCGUGGGUUUCCUCCGGGUGCUCCGGUUUCCCCCACGGUCCAAAGACAUGCAGGUUAGGUUAACUGGUGACUCUAAAUUGACCGUAGGUGUGAAUGUGAGUGUGAAUGGUUGUCUGUGUCUAUGUGUCAGCCCUGUGAUGACCUGGCGACUUGUCCAGGGUGUACCCCGCCUUUCACCCGUAGUCAGCUGGGAUAGGCUCCAGCUUGCCUGCGACCCUGUAGAAGGAUAAAGCGGCUAGAGAUAAUGAAUGAAUGAAUGAAGUUCUGGUCUUUUGUGUGGUUUUUGGGCUGGGAAUUUUGCUAAAACCUGGCAACCCUGGUUAAUGACAGUAUCUCAGACAAGGGUAAAUCAGGUCGCUGGACGGGUGUGUGUUAUCUAUUAAAGGGUUUCUCGAAAAAUUCAAGAUAAUAUUCUGUAACAGAAGCCGCUGCUGGUCCUGCUGUCCAGAAAAAAAAGGGCAAAUUAUAUGAUUUAAUGCACAUACAGUGUGAAUAUAACCCGUAUUUUUGUUUUGUGUUAUUUGUAUAGACAUAGUGUAUAAUUAUAAUCACUUUUUAAUAUUUUAUUUUAUUAAAAAUGACUUGUAAACACGUUUAUAUUGAAUUUUUUGAAAUAUGUUCAGAAAUAUCUGCCUGGGUGAUUCAUCCUUAUUACAUUGUACAUAGUAACAGU